AUAUCUCAACAUUUUUCAGGAAAAAAAUGAAAGCAUCAAUUUCCACCAUUUUCAUUGUUUUGAUAUUGGUUUUGUUAUCAAUUUCAUUGGUGGCAUCUAACAAUUCAGUUGACUUUGAUAGUUUUGUUGGAUGUCUUCCUACACAUUCCGAUCCCUCAUUUCCUAUUGCAGAUGUCAUAUUAACGCCCAACAAUUCAUCAUUCGAAUAUAUUUACCAGUUACGUGCAAAUAACCUUCGAAUCUUCUUGUCUACAACCUCUAGACCAGUAGCCAUUAUAACUGCCCUACAUCCAUCUCAUGCUCAAGCCACCGUCGUUUGCGCCAAGCGCUACGGUUUCCAAGUAAGGAUUCGAAGCGGCGGUCAUGAUUUCGAGGGACUUUCGUACACUUCUGGCGUGCCAUUUGUCAUUCUCGACAUGUUCAAUCUCCAUUCUAUCGAUAUAGAUAUGGAGAGUGAGACGGCGUGGGUUCAGGCUGGGGCAACAACCGGUGAACUUUAUUAUAGAAUAGCCGAGAAAAGCAAUGUUCAUGGGUUCCCAUCCGGAGUUUGCACUACCCUUGGCAUCGGUGGACACUUUAGUGGUGGCGGUUAUGGGUUUCUUAUGAGAAAAUACGGACUCUCCAUUGAUAAUGUCAUCGACGCACAGUUGAUUGAUGCCAAUGGAAGGAUCCGUAACCGUGAAUCAAUGGGAGAAGACGUAUUCUGGGCGAUAAGAGGAGGUGGAACAACCAGCUUUGGAAUCAUCCUUUCAUGGAGGGUCAAGCUGGUCCGGGUUCCACCUAUGGUGACAGUAUUCACCGUGCAAAGGACAUUGGAACAAGGCGCAACGGAGCUCGCUUAUCGUUGGCAACAAGUUGCGCCAAAACUGCCAAAAGAUCUCUUUAUUAGACUCCAGCCUCAACCUAUUAACAAUGGAGGCAACAAUAGAACCGUUAGCAUUUCAUUCAUCGGCCAUUUUCUAGGGAAAACUGAUGAACUUAUACAACUGAUGAACACAGACUUUCCCGAAUUGGGUUUACAACGAAGUGAUUGUUUAGAGAUUAGUUGGGUCGAAUCGACUUUAUACUGGGCAGGUUUUCCGAAUGGAACCUCCAUUGAUGAGUUGCUCAAUAGAGUGCAAGUGGACCGAUCGUUUUCCAAGAGCAAGUCGGAUUAUUACAAAGCAGUGAUUCCUAAACAAGGGUUGGAGACGUUAUGGGAAGCGUUGCUGGACAUUAAAGACAUCUUCGUCCAAAUGAACCCUUAUGGCGGAAGAAUGGAAGAGAUUUCAGAUUCGGAAACUGCCUUCGCACACCGUGGUGGGAAUCUUUUCAUGGUACUAUACGGAGUGACAUGGUCCGAGUCCGACGGCGGCAUUGACGCCGCUGGCCGAUACGUCCAGCUGUCGAGAAGGUUGUAUGGUGCGAUGGCCCCGUACGCAUCGAGCCGUCCAAGGGAAGCAUUCCUCAACUACCGAGAUCUCGACAUCGGUAGCAACGAAAGUGGGGAGACGGACUUUGAGGUUGCCAAAGAAUACGGGGCAAAGUAUUUCAAGAACAACUUCAUAAGACUAACCAGAGUGAAAGCCAUGAUAGACCCUGAAAAUUUCUUCAAGAACGAACAAAGCAUACCUCCAUUGCCGGUGCGAGCAAGUCAUUGAAACAGUUGUCUUCUAUGACACAAAACAAUAAAAUAAAAGCGAAAUAUAUUCUAGAUUUUAA